AGAGAUUCGUGAUUGUAAGUACGUCAGGAAUUCAAUUUACCGGCCUGUCUAAUUUUAAAUAAUUGUUUUUUUUUAAUCUCUUCGCCGAUGCACAUCUGAGAACUUUGAAAAUGAAGCGAAGACACACGAUGCAUUCAUUUCUAUCCUAUUUGGCAUCUAUUAUUAUUUCCGACGAGCGCGAUUCGCUGCAGCCAAUUCCGCGGGAUGACAGCGCUAGCCUGGAGAGUCUCUGGUGUAGCGUGACACUAGUGUAACAUUCUCAGUGCCAUUGCUGUCAGUGUCGCUUCCUGGUUCCUGACGGAUCGACAGCAGCGGUUGGUGCGUUAGUCUCGAAGACUUUCCGAAAGUUUCGAUUAAAUUGUCAGUGUGUUAUGACACGCGUACUGCCGAUGCGUCUGGCGUAAGAAAAAAAAAAAAAAAACCCACCACGACAUCGCGAGGUCCACACUGGGACAUGGAGGCUGAGAACGAGGAGAUGCCCCUGACGCAGCCCGUGACGGACGCGUCAACGCCAACCGAGAAUCAUAACCACAACAAGGUUCGCAGGCGGAACGUGCCCGAGCAGUCGGCGAGCCUCGCGGACGGCUGGGUGACGAGUGACUCGCGCGACCGCGUGGUGCCCCUCCUGCCCGACUCCACGAAAGCGUGGCACGGCGGCGUCGUGCCGCAGAUACCGGACGACGUGGCCGCCGCGACGGACAAGCAGCGGAACGGCGUGCUGUCUCGCGAGGACGACCGCGGCGCGACGGACGUCCCCACGAGUCGCGAGAGGAUGAAGGUCAGCGUCAUCCGCGGCAGCGUCGCCAAUCCGGAUCUCACGUUAGGAGAGCUGAGGCUACUCGGCUGCAGUAGCGAGGGCUUCGUUAAUGAUGAUAUACGAAGGGUACUGUGGCCGAAACUUUUGCGACUGGCACAAUUGGAGCUCGCGCCUGUUGGCGGACUGGAAGAUGUACAUACUUACGUACCGAACGAGAUUUAUCAGCAGAUACUGAAGGAUGUGGCGCGUAGCGGUAGCCACAUGUCGCAGGGCGCGACGGAAAAGGAGACGGAAAAUUUUCAAGAGGAGUUGACUCGGCUUAUGUGCUGGGUACUUCAUAGACAUUCCGACUUAAAUUACUACCAGGGAUACAAUGAUGUGGCAGCAACUGUGCUACUUGUGAUGGGAUUACAAGCAGGCUUGUACGUGCUUGAGAGUAUCUCGCUAGAAUUCCUGGAAAGAUUCAUGGAAAAGACUAUGGAAAAAGUGAAUCAAGAGUUAUUCUUCAUAUUUGCGUUACUAGAAAGAGUACACCCUACGCUCUUGGAACAUUUAGAAAAUGUAGAACUGUUUCCACACUUCGCUUUGGCUGAAUACACAACAUGGUAUGCACACAAAUUCGCGGAAAACCGAAAAUUGUUGCACAGGUUAUUUGACUUUUUCCUGGGUAGUCCCCCGCUCAUGCCUCUCUACUUAAGUACGGUAAUUGUUGCACAUAGAGCUACAGAAAUUUUCAAUACUACGCCUGACAUGGGGCACACACAUAAGGUGUUAUGUACGUUACCUGACGACUUGCCAUUUGAAACCCUCUUGGUAGAAGCGAAGAACCUGUAUCGACAAUACCCUCCUGAAUCUAUCAGUAACGACGUCGUGGAUUACGAUCACAAGAGAAAAAUUAAGGAGCAAGAAUGGAAGGCAAAGGCGGAAGCGGGCCGUCAAGAGAGAGAAAGACAACGAAAAUUAAAAGUUGUCCAGUCAACGCCGAGGAUAUCUUAUCGUAUCAGAAGUUACAAAACCAUUACCGUUGUGACGAUUUUAGCUUUGGGAAUAUAUGCUUUUAUAAGAUCCUCAACGGGGCUUAACUGACAUUAGGAGAUAUUAUUUGUUGUAAGCAAAUUAGAAUUUUUAUAUAUAUUUUCUAAAGCAGAAGCCCUCCACUUCUUUGAUAUGUCGCUGAGAUUUUGAACAAGGAUUAAAAAGUGUAAGAUUGUGUAAAAGCAAGCACCAAAGAAAUGAAGGAGCAAGGAGCAUGUGUUGCUAGGAAUAACUGAAAGAUUUGGUUGUCAGUAUUUGAGCAAAUCUGUUUCUAGGAUACAUGAGUCAGAAUUUUGUGCAUUCCUACGCUGCCUUUAUGCUGUGUUCUGGAGGCUGACCUGAACUCUUUAUUAUAUGUUAAAAAAAAAAAGAAUUAUAAA